CGGCGCCGCCGCCGCCGCCAUAGAGACUGUAGCCCUGGAGACUGUUACUUGCCAACGGGGACCAACACGCACCGCCGCCGCCGCCGCGGGAGCCGCUGCCCGAACUCCCGGCCCGAACUCCAGCGCCGCGCUGAGCGAGCAUGCAGAACUCCGAGGGGGGAGCCGACCCGCCCGCCUCCGCCGCCCUGGGCCCCGCUGCGGCCCCCGCGCCUGUAGCCCAGCCUGUGCCCGCCUCCCCGCAGAGGGUGCUGGUCCAGGCAGCGGGCUCAGCCCCCAAAGGGGCCCCGAUGCAGCCCAUCUCCCUCCCCAGAGUCCAGCCGGUGCCGCAGCAGGUCCAGCCCGUGCAGCAUGUGUACCCCCCCCAGGUGCAGUACGUGGAAGGGGGCGACGCCGUGUACACCAAUGGAGCCUUACGCACCGCCUACGCCUACAACCCCGAGGCGCAGCUCUACGCCCCCAGCAGCGCCGCCUCCUACUUCGAGGCCCCCAGCGGGGCGCAGGUGACCGUGGCCGGGUCCUCGCCGCCCACGGUGCCCUCGCACGGCAUGGUGGGCAUCGCCAUGGACGUCGCGGGCAGCCCCAUCGUCUCCGGCGCCGGAGCCUAUCUCAUCCACGGGGGCGUGGAGAGCACCCGGCACGCGCUGGCGCAGACGUCGCGCUCCUCCCCGGCGACGCUUGAAAUGGCGAUUGAGAACCUCCAAAAAAGCGAAGGGGUGGCCUCGCACAAAAGCGGCUUACUCAACAGCCAUCUCCAGUGGUUGUUGGAUAAUUAUGAAACCGCGGAAGGGGUGAGCCUGCCCCGGAGUUCCCUGUACAACCAUUACCUGCGACAUUGCCAGGAGCACAAGCUGGACCCGGUGAACGCCGCUUCCUUCGGGAAGCUGAUCCGCUCCGUGUUCAUGGGCCUGCGGACCCGGCGCCUGGGAACCAGGGGCAACUCCAAGUAUCACUACUAUGGGAUCCGGCUGAAGCCAGACUCGCCCCUGAACCGGCUGCAGGAGGACACGCAGUACAUGGCCAUAAGGCAACAGCCGCUGCACCAGAAGCCCAGGUACCGGCCAGCGCAGAAGACGGACACGGACAGUGGCUCCCACAGCAGCCCCCACAGCACGUCCGAGCAGGUCAUGGCCGCCCAGAGCCAGCACCACCAGCAGUACAUCGAUGUCUCCCAUGUCUUCCCGGAGUUCCCAGCACCCGACCUGGGCGGCGCUGUGCUCCAGGACCAUGUCACCCUUCGCGACGUCAAGACUCUGCAGGUGGUCUACCGGCGGCACUGCGAGGCCACCCUGGACGUCGUGAUGAACCUGCAGUUCCACUACAUCGAGAAGCUGUGGCUGGCUUUCUGGAACUCCAAAGCCUCUGCAGGGGACCGUCCCACCUCUCUUCCCGCCAGCGACGAGGAACCCGAAGGCGCCGUCCUCCCGAAGGACAAGCUGGUGUCUCUGUGUAAAUGCGACCCCAUUCUCAAGUGGAUGAGGAACUGUGACCACAUCCUGUAUCAGGCCUUGGUGGAGAUACUCAUCCCGGACGUCCUGCGGCCAGUGCCCAGUACCCUAACACAGGCCAUUCGGAACUUCGCCAAGAGCCUGGAAAGCUGGUUGACCAACGCCAUGAGCGACUUCCCGCCGCGGGUCAUCCAGACCAAGGUGGGCGUGGUGAGCGCCUUCGCCCAGACCUUGCGGCGCUACACGUCCCUGAACCACCUGGCGCAGGCGGCCCGCGCGGUGCUCCAGAACACGUCCCAGAUCAGCCAGAUGCUCAGCGACCUCAACCGCGUGGAUUUCGCCAACGUGCAGGAGCAGGCCUCGUGGGUGUGCCAGUGCGAGGAGAGCGUGGUGCAGCGGCUGGAGCAGGACUUCAAGCUGACGCUGCAGCAGCAGAGCUCGCUGGACCAGUGGGCCGGCUGGCUGGACAACGUGGUGACGCAGGUGCUGAAGCAGCACGCGGGCAGCCCCAGCUUCCCCAAGGCCGCCCGCCAGUUCCUGCUGAAGUGGUCCUUCUACAGCUCCAUGGUGAUCCGGGACCUGACGCUUCGCAGCGCCGCCAGCUUCGGCUCCUUCCACCUCAUCCGGCUGCUGUAUGACGAAUACAUGUUCUACCUGGUGGAGCACCGCGUGGCCGAGGCCACCGGGGAGACGCCCAUCGCCGUGAUGGGCGAGUUCAAUGAUCUGGCCUCGCUGUCGCUGACGCUGCUGGACAAAGACGAGGUGGGCGAGGGCCACCGCAGCGAGGCGGACUCGGACCCCCACAGCCUCGGGGAGCCCCUGGUGAAGCGGGAGCGCAGCGAGACCAACCACUCGCUGCAGGACAUUUAGGGGCGCCCCCGGCCCCCGCCGCCGCCUUGUGCCUUCGGGCUUGGGGCCCCGGGCCCGAGCCCCGCCGCUCUCGUGCCUGACGCGCGCGCCCCUGGCCCGGAGGAGCCCAGGGCCAGCGCCCCCCACACCCAUCCGCCCCAGACCCCGCAGGCCGCCCCAUCUCUUUCCCGAUCGCCUCCUCCACGCCGC